GAUGUUUUUGUUAAAAGAAGAGUUGGGGAAGUGAUAUAUGGGCAGGUUGUUUGAUGACUUGUUGCAUUGGUACAGUUUCGAUGGAAUUUGGAGAUGUGUGCUAAAAAGGUUGAUCUUGGCAUGAAGAUGAACACAUCCAUGGAGGUGGAUUGUUAUCUAGUCCAGUCAAACCAAUCAGACCUUUGGAACAAAACAAAACCGUUUUUCACAAAUGAUAUUGUUGGCCAGCUGGGUAUCCAUUUGCUAUCAAUGCUAAAAGUUACGUAUUUCAAAGCAAAAGGUCACUCAGAAACAUCCUUCUGUUACGAAUCCAAAAAAAAAAAAGUGACGCACCCUUGCAAGUGUGUCAACAAACCUCUUUUAGAUUGGUGCUGGCCCAUGGUACUAUCGCAUUCAUAGGCAAGUGAUCAACGAACCGACCGUCUGCAUCGGCUGCUUGCACGAGUAUAAAGGUCAUUUGGAACCUUUGGGUGAAACAAAAACGGGCUUGAAUCACUUUUAAGACUUGUAGCAACCUGCAUUGUUGCUAAUUGUUUAUCCAUGGGCACAAUACGUCGCGCUGGGACGUUUGAAAGAAG